CCGCAUGUGUCAACUAGAGGGCAGAAUUAUCAUUCAGUCUGCUAAGUAACAAGUUGCAUAUGAGUUGUGUUUUUGCAAAGCUCGUAAUAACAUGGCACCAAAAAAGAAAGUACUGUCUACUAAAGAAAAAAUGAUAAUUAUUAAUGUGUUCGAAAGAGAUAAAUUGUCUGUGCGAGAAAUUGCAAAAAGAUUCAAUAUAGGCAAAACACAAGCUGCAGAAAUCAAUAAAAAUAUAGAAACAAUUAUUUCUAAAUGGAAGUCUGGAAUUAAUGUGCAUCAAAAGCGAAGUUUUCUUAAAGAAGGCGGCUCUGAAAUGGACAAAAUGUGUUUUAAUUGGUUCUCUAAGGCUAGAAGUAAAAAAAUUCCUCUAUCUAACCCUAUUGCAAAGGCAUAAGCAAUGGGGAUAGCAGUAAAAUUGGGUGUAUCUAAUUUCAAUGCUUCAGAUGAAUGGUUAAACAAAUGGCGCAGCUGUUGAUGGAGGAGGGUCGAGCAGUUCAGGGCCAAGCUGCCAUCUCUGUUGCGCGGAUACAAGCCUCAAAACAUUUAAAACGCAUAUGAAAGCGGAUUAUUUUUACCUGAAAGAACUUUCGCUCUUAAAUCCGAAAAAUGUGUUAGCGGCGAAUUCUCUGUUUAUUUCAUCAAUACAAUCCAAAACUGCUACCGUAAAGCAGGAUUUUCGGAAAUUGGUGAGAGGCUUUCCGAUUCUGAUCCCGAAGGUGACUUUCCGCUGGCAAUCUAUGCUAGAACUCACAAAGGACUCGAUUGGGCAAAUGAUUUCGACGGUUUUCUCUAAAUAGAUCAAAACGUCUGCACUGAAGACAACAAUGUAGAAAUUCAAUCUGUAGAACAAAGUGAUGUUAUGGACACUUCCGAUUCAAUGGAAGAAUCUAAUGAAGACAUAUGUGAGCCCAUAACAUCGUACAAUGAGGCGUUAAAACUUGUUGAGCCCUUGAAACAAUUUGCCAAAAUUAUUUUGUAGCUUUUCAACACAUCAAAAAUAUCGAGAGUCAUUUUGAGAAUGAACAUUUUAAAUUAAAACAAUCAAUAUUCAAGCAAUCAACCAUUACAAAACUUUUUCAACCAAAGUAGUAGUGAAAUGUAAGGACUGUAUGUAUGUAUGUACAUGUAUGACA